GGGGUUGGACCAGGGAAGGCCUUCCGGCGACCCACUUCCGCCGCUGGCUGCUGUCGGGGGCCGGCGCUGCGUCCCGGUCGGUGAAGGAUCCCAAGAUGGCUGGGCGCAAAUUGGCUUUAAAAGCCAUUGACUGGGUAGCUUUCGGGGAAAUUAUACCCCGAAACCAAAAAGCAAUCGCUAACUCCUUGAAGUCGUGGAAUGAGAUUCUCAGCUCCAGGUUGGCUACUCUGCCUGAGAAACCACCAGCUAUCGACUGGGCUUACUACAAGGCCAAUGUGGCCAAGGCAGGCUUGGUGGAUGACUUUGAGAAGAAGUUCAAUGCCCUAAAGAUUCCUAUACCUGAAGAUAAAUACACUGCCCUGGUGGAUGCUGAAGAAAAGGAAGAUGCGAAAAGCUGUGCUGAGUUUGUGGCUCAGUCAAAGAUCAGGAUCCAGGAGUAUGAGAAGCAGAUGGAAAAAUUUAAAAACAUGAUUCCUUUUGAUCAGAUGACGAUAGAGGACUUGAACGAAGCCUUCCCAGACACCAAGCUGGACAAGAAGAAGUACCCCUACUGGCCCCACCAGCCCAUCGAGAACUUGUAAAACCAAGUCUGGGAGGAAGCGCUGAGGGCCCUCACAUCACACACGCUGCAUAGUAAAAAUAAAAGUCAUUACCUAGUCCC